AUGGCCGUCUAUGUGAGCAGGAGGAGGAUGGUCCAGGACCAGGGCGAGAUCAGUCCCAGGGCUCUGCUGGUCCGGAUGGUCCAGGCCAGACUCAGGCUGGAGUUCGGUCUCUACAGGAUAAAUGGGGAUCAGGAGGGGUUUGAGGAGCGCUGGGGGUUCAGGGAGGUGUCCUCUGUGAGGGAGGUGUCCUCUGUGAGGGAGGUGUCCUCUGUGAGGGAGGUGUGCUCUGUGAGGGAGGUCUGUACUAGGACCAAAAUGAAAGAGGGGGACGGUCUUCGGUUCCGGAGACAAACGCCGAGAGUCAUCACUGAAGAACCGCGAGAUCAGGACCCGAGACGAGACAGGUCGUACAGUGGGCGGGUCUUCCAGAUCACCUUCCUGUCAGUUGGCGGAGUCUUGUUAGUCCCAGUCCUUAUCUUGGUCCUGGUCCUGGAGUCCCCGAUCCACCCAGAGCCGUUUAUUCUUCGGGAGCCCCUCCCUUUUGAAGGAUGCUGGGCUCCGAACCUGAAGCUGCGAUUAGCAGAAAGGCUCCAUGAGAACCAGGUGCAGGGACCGGAGUCCAUCGUGAACAUUGGAGAUGUCCUCUACAGUGGAACAGCUGAUGGACGAAUCGUGAAGAUGGUCGGCCACCGAGUCCAGACUGUGGCUCGACUCGGAAAACAGCCCUGUGGUUCCCGUGACGACGAGCCGACCUGUGGACGUCCUCUCGGGAUCAGAGUUGGACCAAACGGGACUCUCUUCGUGGCCGACGCCUAUUUAGGGAUCUACAGAGUAAACCCCAUCACUGGGGAGGUGGUGCAGCUGGUGGAUGGUGCUCAGCUGGUCGGGGGGCGGAGCUUGGCGUUCAUUAACGACCUGGACGUGACGAGAGACGGACGCAAAGUUUUCUUUACCUGCAGCUCCAGCAGGUGGCAGCGGAGGGACUUCCUCCAUCUGGUGAUGGAGGCCACAGAGGACGGACGAGUGUUGGAGUUGGACACUGACACUGGGGAGGUUACCGUGGUGAUGGAUCGCCUCAGGUUUCCAAACGGUCUCCAGCUCCUGCCAGACGAGGAGUCUGUGCUGGUGUCCGAGACCACCAUGGCCCGGAUCCGGAGGAUCCAUGUAGCUGGUCUGAACAAAGGUGGGAUGGAGACUUUUGCUGAGAACCUUCCUGGUUUUCCUGAUAACAUCCGGCGCAGUUCCAGCGGUGGCCUGUGGGUGGCGAUGUCCUCUGUCAGACCCAGUCCUGGGUUUUCCAUGUUGGACUUCCUGUCCCAGAGACCCUGGAUCAAGAAGCUCAUCUUCAAGGUCUUGUCUCAGGACUUGGUCUUGAAGCUUGUCCCUCGCUACAGCCUCAUCGCAGAGAUCCAAAAUGGCGGCCGGUGCGUGCGCAGUUUCCACGACCCAAAUGGCGAAGUGGCUGCGUAUGUGAGCGAGGCCCACGAGCAUGAGGGACAUCUCUACAUCGGGUCAUUCAGGUCUCCAUAUGUGAGCAAGCUGGACCUGAGCAGGGUUACACACUCUCCUGAAGCAGAGUACUGUCCAACCAUGAGUCUACGCACUGCAAAGAUCCAUACCGGGAUCUCCCAGGACUCCUUUGAGUGUGUGUGUAACUCUACCAACAGCCGCUGUGACCACAGUGGAGUCUGCAGGUGUGACCCAGGUUGGGAGGGGCCUGGGUGUGCCCGCUGUGCCCUGAUGCCCGGGUGUCUCCAUGGGUCAUGUGACAGACCCUGGCAGUGCGAGUGCCACGAGGGCUGGGGAGGCCGCUUCUGCAACAAAGAUCUUAGAGCCUGCCUCAGCGCCCCCUGUCUUCAUGGAGGCACAUGUCAGAUAGCUGACAGCGGUGAUGCCACAUGUGUGUGUGCCCACGGUUACCAUGGCGACCGCUGCCAGCUGAGGGCGGGUCCAUGUCACCAGCUAAGGUCUCCGUGUCUGAAUGGCGGUCAGUGCGAUGACCAGAGUGGCUUCCUGGACACCUUCACCUGUCGCUGUCUGGCUGGUUUUUCUGGGCGCCGCUGUGAACAGGACGUGGACGACUGCGCACUCUCUCCGUGCGCUAACGGUGCUAACGGCGCUAACGCUAACGUUGCUCUGUGCUCUCCUUGUGCUAACGGGGCUCUGUGUGUCGACGGUGUGAGUCAGUUCACGUGUGUGUGCGCCGCAGGGUUCAGCGGUCGCUUCUGCUCUGUGAACAUAGACGAGUGUGCAAGCCGCCCCUGUGCCAACAGAGGGCGCUGUGUGGACCGAGCUAACGGCUUCCGCUGCCUCUGUCGCCACGGAUAUAGCGGCCCCACCUGCCUGAGCCCACCCACCCCGCCGGCCAAUCGUACUCUCCGAGUGACCGUGAGGGAGAGAGGCCCUGCCCCCCUUUCGCAGGGACAGCUGGUCUCCGUGGUGAUGCUCGCCCUCACCACUGUCGCCAUGGUGACGGUCACAGCAACACUGGUGCUACACACGCAUUGUGGCCACAUCUACUCGCGCUGCUGGGGGCACUGUCAGAGGACACACAAGAUCUGUGGGGGCGGGGCCUGA